UUUAAUCAAGUUAGACAAGAAAAAAGAUAGUCAACAUCGUGUAGGGAAGACUGAAGAGUCGAAACAUCAGGAGCAAAGAAAAACGGAAGAGAGAAAUUGCAGGGCGACUUCCUUAGACAACACUACAAUUCUACAAAACAUAGUGCUACCAGAAGAAAACCAAAGAAAAUAGUGCCAAGCAACCUAAUUGGUUUUCGAAUUAUGUCAAAACAAGUCUGUCUUUCUGAAAUGUGAAACUAUACUAAUAUAUACAAUAUAAGUAAUUUUUAUAUCACGAGAUCAUCUUUACCUAAUAGAGCAAGUAACAUAUAUCCUUAAAAUUCUUCCCUUUGUUACAUACUUGACACAAAUAAAACUAACAACUUAUUACUCUCUUUUGCUUGUACUAGUACCUUUUCCUCGAUAUGAUGUGUAAAAGUGUAAAGAGGUUGGAGGCAAAAAUAGUUUGGAGAAUUAUUAAAAUUCCAUGUUUUCAUUUGUUACAUAUUUUGAUUUUUGUAGUUGAAGGACAAAAUAGCUAACUCUAUGAGACGAAUUAAUUAACUACUCUUAUUUACCACGAAUCUUUAUAAGACGAUGUGGAAAGAGUUGGUCAAAAGAAGAACAAAUAACCACCAAUUAUAAAAGUAAAGAAACUUUUAAAUCUUGUGGUCUUAAGCUAAAGAUAUGUAGAAUGUACCAAAAUGUCAUCUAAUUUUGUGGUCUUAAACAUGCUAUGUGGAAAGUUGGAAUUAAAAUAUUGUCAAAAAACGAAAGACGCAUUUUUUUAAAGUGGAAAAAAAAAUUAAAUGGACUAGAAAGGAAAGUAAGACAAAUAAAUUAAAACGGAGGGAAGGUGAAUACAAUCCUUGCUUACCCUGAAUAUUCAAGAGCAGGAAAUGAACAUUUCAGAAAUAAUGUCUCUUAUUUCCAAGUGUCCCCCCUUAGCAAACUUCUUCCUCAGGGUUCUUUCUCCAGAAACUUGUAUAAUUCUUCUUCAAACCGUGUACUUAAUAGAAGAAAAAAUGGUGAAAACAAGAGUAAGCUUUAUGAGGUUAUUUCUUGUGUUACCAAUGGCUGUAGCCUUUCUACCAUCCCAAACUGAGGCACUAAUGACAUACACAUGCUCUUUUUGGGACAUAAUAGAGGGCCCUUUCAGGAUUCUUGAACAAACCCCACUUACCAUCCCAAAAGGAGUCGAAUCAAUCGCCUUAGCUCGCUCAGACUGAAAGGAAACAGCAACAGAUCACGUAAUUACACUUGACAUAUCAGGGAUGAAGACUCCAUUUCUUACCACUAGUGUUGCUUUAUUUGCUUUGUGUGUCUGUCUUUUGCUGACGUUAUUUUCUUUUCAUUACCGCCUGGAUUACUUCCUUUGAGUUGAGGGUUUAUCGAAAACAGUCUCUCUACCCCAUUCCCACAAAGAUAGGGUAAGGUCCGUAUGCAUCCUACCCUUCUCAGACUCCACUUGUGGGACUACACUGGGCAUGUUGUUGCUGUUGUAUACCAGGGAUGAAGAAGGAGGACAUCAAGAUUGAGGUGGAAGAAAACAGGGUGUUAAGAGUCAGUGGGGAAAGGAAAAUGGAUCAAGAAAUUGAAGGGGAGAAGUGGCACAGAACUGAGAGAACUUCAGGAAAAUUCUGGAGACAGUUUAGACUUCCUGGAAAUGCUGAUUUGGAACGCAUUAAGGCUCAUGUGGAAAAUGGUGUCUUGAAUAUUAUUGUGCCAAAUUUGGCUGAAGAGAAGAAGAAGCAGAUUAAGGUGAUUAGUAUUGCCAAGGAAAGCAACUCUGCUGGUGGUCACGAUAUUAAGCUACCAAAGCUGAGUUUUAAACUAACAAGUGUGAAGUUUGGUUUAUUGAUGUGUCUUGGCUUUGUGUGUCUGUAAUAUAGUUCUUGAAAAUGUAAUUAGACUUAUGAUUUUGAUAUUGAUCCUUCUCUAAAGACCAUUGCUUGCUGGUCUCCAUGUUCAUUCAGAACCCGGUGUAUGUUAGGGACUUGUUUGUACAAUUUUAAGUGAAGCUUGUAUGUAAAAAGACAGUUAAUGUGAUGAAAUUAUACUUCAUUGCCUUUCAAAAGUUUGUGUAUCCUAUAGUCUUGGAUUCUUUCUUGCUGGUUUUCAAACAAGCACUACUGCAGUAACCAAACAACUAACUGACUUUAGUACUCACUUAGCCUACUGAGUAUCGUUCUUACUUUGAGUGUUAGACUGAUAAGCUUAUAACAGAGUUAUCAGCUCUGUUGGGAAUUCAGAGACUUUCAAACAUAUAUCCAUAACAAUCAAUUGAUAAAAAUACCAGAGAAGGGUGAAUAGGUGUUUCAGGACUUUUGAGCU